UCUGGGCCCUGGGGUGGUCUGUCUGAGAGGGUGAAAAGCUCACUUACUCCUUCACUCUCUCAGUGGCCACGUGGUCCUCAGUCCAGAGUAAGCCAUGAGGUCAGGGUUGCUUCCUUGGGGGUUGUUGCUGCUGCUCAUCUUUCUUUCCCCUGCUCCAGUCAAAGUUGAAAGAGACCGAGAUGUGUUCUGUGGAGCUUGCAGGGCCUUGAUGGAUGAGGUAGAGUAUGAUGUUAUGAAAGCACGUCAGAAGAAGGGUGUAAGGGUGAAGUCGUACCGCAUAAGGCCUGAUGGGACGCAGGAGAGGACCAAGAUUCCCUUAGCCCAGUCCGAGGCAUUCUUAACAGAAGUUUUGGAGACCGUGUGUGAGAGAAUGAAUGACUACAAACUUGAAGAAGAUUCUGAAACCAGUGCAAGGACGUUCAAGAGAUUUGCUCCAAGGAAAGGGGACAAAAUAUACAAAGAAUUUAAACGAUUCUAUUUUUAUUCUGAUGCUUACAGACCUUUGAAAUUUGCGUGUGAAACUAUAAUAGAAGAAUAUGAAGAUGAAAUAUUCUCACUUAUCGCCCAGGAGGCAGACCAUCUAGCUGACAAGUUGUGCAGUGAAAAAUCAGAUCUUUGUGAUGCUUCUUCUACAAGUCACACUGAGCUUUAAGACGACCGAUCUACUAGUUAUAAGGAGAAGUAAGGUGACAAUCUCUCCCCUCCCCCAAAGGUCAAUGACUGUUCUCUGUCGCUACAUGCCUUUCAUCACCAUAAUCAGUACUCAUGCCUCUGCCUUAAGUAUGUGCUAAGUUUUUUGAUGGCUAAAAUUGAGAAAAAAAUUUUUAAAAUGAAAAACACAAUGAUGAACUCAUUCCUCUGAAUAGUUUCUGAAGGUAAAAUUAUAGAAUCCAUCCAUGUCGAUUCUGUUGCUUUUGAUGAUGUGAAACUUGGGGGAUAAAUGCAUUUUUCUUGGAAGGUUGUGGGAAGAUUUCCUAUAAACACAAAUAAGAAUUUAAUAAGUUUUUAGCAAAUUAUGCACUCUGAGUAGAUGCCUUUUUGGUUAGAGAAGAACUUUACUCAAACAGCUGAUUGGAAAUGUGAAGUCAAGCAAUAAUUACUGGCAAGUAGUUUCUUAGCCUUUCUAGCUCAGGGCUAAUAUUGUCUACCCUGAUUUUCAUAAGGGAUCAAUUUCAAUA